AGCAACUUAAAGAAGUCCAGACGCUUUUCUUUGCAAACUCCUUUGACUUUCCGGUAUGGUGCAUGUCGCUUUUUCCCUCGCAGCGCUUGGUUUGUAGUUGGAUUUUUGUUUUGUUUUAAUCUAAAGCUACAAAACACCACAGCUGGAUAAGAAUCACUUAUAGCAUUUCACUGAAGGAGGAGAUACAACGAAGCCGCCAAGAUGCCGCGAAUUAUGAUUAAAGGAGGCGUCUGGCGCAACACUGAGGAUGAGAUCCUCAAGGCAGCUGUAAUGAAAUAUGGGAAAAACCAGUGGUCCCGUAUCGCCUCCCUGCUGCACCGAAAGUCUGCAAAACAGUGUAAAGCCCGAUGGUACGAGUGGUUGGACCCCAGUAUCAAGAAAACAGAAUGGUCCAGAGAAGAGGAGGAGAAGCUGCUUCACUUGGCCAAGCUGAUGCCCACCCAGUGGAGGACCAUUGCUCCUAUCAUAGGAAGGACUGCUGCUCAGUGUCUGGAACACUACGAAUACCUGCUGGACAAAGCAGCUCAAAGAGACAAUGAGGAGGAAGUGGGAGAUGACCCCAGAAAGUUGAAACCAGGAGAAAUUGAUCCCAAUCCUGAAACAAAACCUGCCAGACCUGACCCUGUGGAUAUGGACGAAGAUGAGUUGGAGAUGCUUUCAGAGGCCAGGGCUCGUUUGGCCAACACCCAGGGCAAGAAAGCCAAGAGGAAGGCCAGAGAGAAACAGCUGGAGGAAGCCAGGCGGCUGGCUGCUCUGCAGAAACGCAGAGAGCUGAGAGCAGCAGGAAUCGAUGUUCAGAAGAAGAGAAAGAAGAAGAGAGGAGUAGACUAUAAUUCUGAAAUCCCUUUUGAAAAGAAACCUGCACUGGGUUUCUAUGACACCAGCAUGGAGCAGUAUGAUGCUCAGGAGCCUAAUUUCAAGAGGCUCAGACAGCAGCACUUGGAUGGAGAAUUACGCAAUGAGAUUGAAAAGAUGGAGAGGAAGAAAGAUAAACAGAAGAUAAAGAAGAAGAAGGAGAGUGACUUGCCGUCUGCCAUCCUGCAGACCAGCGGAGUGGCUGAGUUUACCAAAAAACGUUCCAAACUAGUGUUACCCGCACCACAGAGUGCCUAUUCCAGGAGUGGGAUGACCUUCCUCGCCUGCUGAGGACGCAUCAAUUUUUUAGGCACAUUCUUGGAUUUUGUUGUAUACAAUUUUCUUUUUCAAUUUCUAUUGUAAUAAAAACUUUUCAGUAAGCUGG